AUGAAAUACGUCGUCGUCUCUGGUGGUGUUAUCUCAGGUAUCGGUAAAGGUGUCCUUGCCUCAUCCACCGGUAUGUUAUUAAAAACUCAAGGUUUAAAAGUAACCUCCAUCAAGAUUGAUCCUUACAUGAACAUCGAUGCAGGUACCAUGUCUCCCUUGGAACAUGGUGAAUGUUUCGUCCUUGAUGAUGGUGGUGAAACUGAUUUGGAUUUAGGUAAUUAUGAACGUUACCUUGGUGUCACUUUAACUAAAGAUCAUAACAUUACUACGGGGAAAAUUUAUUCUCAUGUCAUUGCUAAAGAAAGAAAGGGUGAUUAUUUGGGUAAGACUGUACAAAUUGUUCCUCAUUUAACUAAUGCCAUUCAAGAUUGGAUUGAACGUGUAUCUCGUAUCCCAGUGGAUAACAGUGGAUUGGAACCAGACGUAUGUAUCAUUGAAUUAGGUGGUACAGUGGGUGAUAUUGAAAGUGCACCAUUUGUGGAAGCUUUAAGACAAUUUCAAUUUAGAGUCGGUAAGGAAAAUUUCGCAUUGAUUCAUGUUUCUUUAGUUCCUGUCAUUCAUGGUGAACAAAAGACUAAACCAACUCAAGCUGCUAUUAAAGAUUUAAGAUCAUUAGGUUUGAUUCCAGAUAUGAUUGCUUGUAGAUGUUCUGAACAAUUAGAAAAAUCUGUCAUUGAUAAGAUUGCCAUGUUUUGUCAUGUCGGUCCAGAACAAGUUGUUAAUGUUCAUGAUGUUAAUUCCACUUAUCAUGUCCCAUUAUUAUUAUUAGAGCAAAAAAUGAUUGAUUAUUUACAUAAUAGAUUACAAUUAAAUGAUAUCCCAUUGACAUCAGAAGAUAAACAAAAGGGUGAAGAAUUAUUAAAGAAAUGGAAAUCUAUGACUGGGAAUUUUGAUGCCUCUAUGGAAACUGUUAAAAUUGCCCUAGUUGGUAAAUAUACUAAUUUGAAAGAUUCAUAUUUAUCUGUCAUUAAAGCAUUAGAACAUUCAUCCAUGAAGUGUCGUCGUAUAUUAGAUAUUAAAUGGGUUGAAGCUACAGAUUUAGAACCUGAAGCACAAGAAAUUGAUAAAGCUAAAUUCCAUGAAGCUUGGAAGAAAGUUAGUACUGCUGAUGGUAUCUUAGUGCCAGGUGGAUUUGGUACAAGAGGUACUGAAGGUAUGAUGUUAGCGUCAAGAUGGGCUCGUGAAAACCAUAUACCAUUUUUAGGUGUUUGUUUAGGUUUACAAAUUGCUACCAUUGAAUUUGCUCGUGAUGUUCUUAAUUUGAAAGGUGCUAGUUCAACUGAAUUUUUGGAAGAUUUAGAUGAAAAGAAUCAAAUUGUCAUUUAUAUGCCUGAAAUUGAUAAAACUACAAUGGGUGGUAAUAUGAGAUUAGGUUUAAGACCAACAUAUUUCCAAGAUGAAACUGAAUGGUCUCAAAUUAAACAAUUGUAUGGUAAUCAACCAUCUGUUCUAGAAAGACAUCGUCAUCGUUAUGAAAUUAAUCCAGAUAUCGUUGACGCGUUAGAGGAACAUGGAUUAAUGUUUGUUGGUAAAGAUGAAACUGGUAAACGUUGUGAAAUUUUAGAAUUGAAAAAUCAUCCAUAUUUCGUUGCCACUCAAUAUCAUCCUGAAUAUACAUCCAAGGUCUUAGAACCAUCAAGACCUUUCCUAGGUUUGGUCGCUGCAUCUGCUGGUAUCUUACAACAAGUUAUUGAUGGUGAAUAUGAACUUCCAUCAUCUGAUGGUAAACUUGAUUUUUAG